AUGAGCAAUAAUCUCCUCUCCCUGGCAGGAUGGUACUUCCUACCGAAUCUUGUAACAGGCUACGCCCAAACAGCUCUCUACGCGAUCUUCAUGCGCGCAGGCGAACCAAAACCACAACCCGGCUCGCCUCGCCACAUCCGUGAUCGCAAACGUGUCUUCAUCUUCGUAAUCCUGGCAUAUCUGUGUUAUACGAUCUACGAAUCCGACUGGCAACUUCGACGUGAAGGCGACUUCUAUCAACAUCUCGGCGUAUCACAUUCCGCAUCCGAGCGAGAAUUGCAGUCCAGAUUUAGGAGACUGACUGUGCAGUAUCAUCCCGACAAGGUGACUUCUGGGUCUGCGAGUGAGAAGGCGACUGUGGAGGCGAUAUACGUGCAGCUCAAACUUGCGAGAGAUACGCUCAUCGAUCCUGCGAAACGUCUCGCCUACGAUAGGUUCGGGCCCGAGAUCCUAGGGUGGCGACAGUGUACGACGAUUCGUGAUUAUGUCAUUACGGGCGUGCAGCGUACAGCGGUCUACUACAUCGGCAGUGGAGCGGUACUGGUGCUAUUGGGCGUUCUAGGAUAUCUGCAGCAAGGAAAGUUCUGGCGAUAUUUGGUUAUGGCUGGUUUGUUCGUGGUGGAAGUGCAGACGAUGAUGCGGCCGGACUGCCCAGCCGUGCUGACGAAGCUCGUCAACCCGAUGCUUCUCAGUACAGGACUACGAGCACCUUAUCUACCUUUCCAGAUGCUAUCACUAUUACGAAAAUUUGCUCUGACAUUCUUCAUUGCUAUGUCACAGCUUGGGCCUGUACUACAAGGGCCACAAAGCAUAGGCACGAACGAAGAUGGUGUCUCACCCCAGCUGUUAGACAGGGUCGAUGCCUUGGCCAAGGCGACAGAUCAGGAAGUGAGCAGGCUGAUGGGGUUGGAGCUUAUGCCUGUCGCAGCAGGCGAUCAAGCUUCGCAUCGCAAUCUAAGGACGACGCUGAAGGAAUGGCUUGUGCACAAUACGAUCAGGAACGAUACUGAAGUCAAGGGCGCAAUUGCGAAUGCACUUGAUCGACGGAGAAGGCAAGGAGCGAUGGAUGCAUCAAUGGUUGGGUAG